AUCCUCACCACACACACACCGGGAAAAAACGAAAAAAGAAAAAAGAAAAAACACGCACACAGAAAAACAAUCCCUCAAGUCAACAGUGGAGGCUUUGAACAGCAGCAUUUCCUUUAUUUUUAUAAAUUUGAAUUCCAGCGAGUCUAUCACAUAUUAAAUCACACGUUGCUAUUGUUUAAUUGCCAUUUGCCUCACGAGGACGAGAAGAAAUGGCCUCCAGCACCGGUGAAGUUCCGACGUCGGCCGGCUUCGAUUAUGACCGACUAAGCGAGCUAAAAGCAUUUGACGAAUCAAAAACAGGUGUCAAGGGCCUGGUCGAUGCCGGAAUAGUUGAGAUCCCUAGGAUUUUCAUCGAACCGCCAGAAAAUACCAUGAAGCCGGCCGAAAACGGGGAUACCCAAUUCAUUUUUCCGAUCAUAGACCUGAGAGAAAUCGACGGAGAUCCGAUCCGGCGGAAGCAGGCCGUCGAUGAAGUCCGGAAAGCGUCGGAAACAUGGGGCUUCUUCGAGGUGAUUAACCAUGGGGUUCCAGCGAGCACUUUAGAGGAGAUGCUGGAAGGGGUGCGCAGGUUUUACGACCAAGAUCCUGAAGUGAAGAAAAAGAUGUAUAUUCGAGAUAAAACUAGAAAGGUGAUCCAUUACAGUAAUUUUGAUCUCUACUCUUCACGAGCAGCUAAUUGGAGGGACUCCAUUUUUUGCCUUAUGGCACCUGACCCCCCUCAACCUCAAGAAUUGCCUCAUGUUCUCAGGGACAUACUCAUGGAGUACUCCAAGCAAACAAUGAAGUUGGGAUUUUCAUUGUUCGGCCUACUGUCAGAGGCUCUCGGGCUAAGUCCAAACCACCUGAAAGACAUGGAGUGUGCUGAGGGACUUGGCUUGACGUGUCAUUAUUAUCCGCCUUGUCCUCAACCGGAACUAACACUGGGCACAAGCAAGCACGCAGACGGUAACUUCAUCACGGUGCUUCUGCAAGACCAGAUAGGAGGCCUGCAAGUUCUACAUAAGGAUCAAUGGGUUGAUGUUCCACCUAUGCCUGGAGCCUUGGUUAUUAACAUUGGAGAUCUUCUACAGCUCAUAUCCAACGACAGGUUCAAAAGUGUGGAGCAUCGAGUAUUGGUAAACCGCAGAGGCCCAAGAGUAUCAGUCGCUGGCUCUUUUAGCACUGGUUUUUUCCCAUCUUCGCCAAGACUUUAUGGGCCCAUCAAGGAAUUGUUGUCAGAAGAGAAUACUCCUAAAUACAGGGAAAUAACAGUGAGAGAGUACAGCGCCCACUUCAUUGCAAAAGGGCUUGAUGGGACCUCUGCCUUGCUGCAUUUCAGGCUCUAAACUUGGACAUGUUUUGAGAAUAAUUAUAUGGUUUGCAAUAUCUGUUGCAUGUUCUAGACUGUUCGUCUCAAACCGUACUGAGUAAGCCAACAGGCUCCAUGACUGGGGAUGGUACAUACCACCUUUGCUGAAGUAGUGCUUGAAAACUAUUUGUUAUAUAUUUACAGUUUGUGAGAAGUGUUGAAUGCUUGUUCUAUUACUUGUGGCAUAUGAAAGUAAAAUAUGAAUAAAAAGAAAUGUUUGUGCAAAAA